GCCGCGGCCGUGGGGGGCGUCAAUGGAUCGCCAUUCCAGCUACAUCUUCAUCUGGCUGCAGCUCGAACUCUGCGCCAUGGCCGUGCUGCUCACCAAAGGUGAAAUCAGAUGCUACUGUGAUGCUGCCCACUGCGUGGCAACCGGCUAUAUGUGUAAAUCCGAGCUGAACGCCUGCUUCUCGAGGCUUCUCGAUCCUCAGAACACAAACUCCCCGCUCACCCAUGGCUGCCUGGACUCUCUCGCAAGCACAGCAGACCUCUGCCAAGCCAAACAGGCCCGAAACCACUCUGGCACCGCCGUGCCCACAUUGGAAUGCUGUCAUGAAGACAUGUGCAAUUACCGAGGGCUGCACGAUGUGCUCGCCCCUCCCAAGGGGGAGGCCUCAGGACAAGGAAACCGCUAUCAGCACGACGGCGGCAGGAACCUCAUCACCAAAGUGCAGGAGCUGACUUCCUCCAAAGAGCUGUGGUUCCGGGCGGCCGUGAUCGCCGUGCCCAUCGCCGGGGGCCUCAUUCUGGUGUUGCUGAUCAUGCUGGCCUUGAGGAUGCUCCGGAGUGAGAACAAGAGACUGCAGGAUCAGCGGCAGCAGAUGCUGUCCCGUUUGCACUACAGCUUCCACGGACACCAUUCCAAAAAGGGGCAGGUGGCCAAGUUAGACUUGGAGUGCAUGGUGCCGGUGAGUGGCCACGAGAACUGCUGCCUGACCUGUGACAAGAUGAGACAAGCGGACCUCAGCAACGACAAGAUCCUCUCGCUCGUGCACUGGGGCAUGUACAGCGGGCACGGGAAGCUGGAGUUUGUAUGACGGGGUCUGACCCCAAACCGAAGUUCUUGGACGCUGGAAGGCUUGGGGUUCUGCUGGACAGGAGCACUUUAUCUGCAGAAAAAGGAACUCACCGAAUCACCUUUGAGAGAAGGAAUGACCUCUGCAAACAGAAUCUUGGAUAUUUCUUCUGAAGGAUUAUUUGCACAGACUCUUAAAUACAGUCAAAUGUAUUAUUUGCUUUAAAAUUAUAAAAAGCAAAGAGAAGACUUCAUACACACUGUUACCAGGGUUUUGCAUCUGAGCGAGCUGGAAUUGAGUACCUAAAUAAACUAAAAUGUGCUCUGUGUAAGCUCCAACAUCUUGAUUUAUUGUAAAGAUUUAAAAAAUACAUAUAUAUAUAUAUUUUGUCUGAAACUUAGCGGUGUCUUGUCAUAAAUUAAAAACUAAGUGGGAGGUGUAAGAAACUUCAUGUUAAUUUUACAAAUGAAGUUCUGUUGUUGCUCACAGUAGGGUCUCAACUAUAGGAUUUGGCUUGAUUUUUGUUUGUUUGCUUUGUUUUGCCUUUUUUUUUUUUUUUUUUUUUGGUAUUUAAAUAAGACCAAGAUCUUGUUUGUCCUUACCUGCAUAUUUGUAGUUUUCUUACAGUGUGGAGAAUUUCCAACUGUGUCCUGCCCAUCAUUCAGUAUCUUACCCACGUGUUUUUUGUUAGGUGUUAGGAUAACCCUGGUUUUUAGCUUUCACCUAUGAGAAAUCCUAAACUUUUUUAGACCAGGUGGGAUAUGGUGGAUCAGUGUCUAGAGCUGAGAAAAGGUCAUAUUCAUCAACUUCAGUUGCUCUGAAAUGCUUUUUAAAAAUGUGUCUACCUCCAACCAAAUAAGAAAAACCAAACCAAGUCCGCUAAACGAAACUUCUCCUAGUUAGUCACUGUCUACUUUUACUACGUUUGGAUUGAUUUACCAUAUCAGUUGGCUUUUGUCUCAGACCAAUUUAAGUAUUUUGGAUCCCAAAUUAGCCAAACUCGAUUGUGUUAUGCUCCUAGUUUUCAAACCUUCCUUCAGUGCAGUGUUAUACUAAUCUAUUUUUUUUUCAGUGUUUAGAAAGGGUUUCAAUACUGAGGGUUAUUUGUAUCAACUGAGAUUUAAAGAACACUAGGGUCCUAUGCCCCUCACAUCGACUUCAGCCACUGACAUACUGAGUAACAGUGUUUUCACUCCUGUAGGAACUUCUGUCUGGCAAGACUGCUCAGCCUGAAUUCAAACCCAUGCCAUGUUUGUGUACUUUCCCCCCCAAAUAGGUCUUUGUUAUCCUAAACGUGAGAAGAAUUUGCCAUCUAGGAUUCUUUUUUCUUUUUUUCCUGAUUCUUUUGUAUAUUUGAAACUUCUGCUUAAAAAUGAACCUCUAGUCUGCAUAUGUGAGGAUGGGGUUUUCUUUUACUGAGUGUUAAAAGAUUGUGUGUGUGCAUAUUUGGGGGGUUAUUUUACGAUAAGCAUAAUUUGGGUCCUUUAAGACAGAUGAAGUCGCCAAGUUCAUGGGAGAAUCAGUCGAAAUGACUAGUCUAAAAAAACGAGUACCUAGAUUAUCCAAUAAUUAAGAGGCCACAGCCCCAUACAAAGUAGGCUAUGGAAUAAAUAUACAUUUUAAUAAA